GCGGUAUACACUUAGACGGAAGUUGAGAGUUUGUGGUCAGAAGUAUAUGUAGGGCACCGAUGGUGUGCCAUUGGUUGUUAUAUAUAUUACAUAUUAAGAAUUUAGAAGCAAGUUCAGAAGUUAUCGAGUAGUAGUUAUCAGAGUGAAUAAGUGUGACCAGAAAGUAAUGUAGAAAGGAAACACAGUUAAAGAGAAGGUUUAUUCAUCAUUACUAAUUGGAGGAAAGAUUACAAAAUGUUGCAACAAAUAAUACGGGAUAUGUACAUUGAUCCAGACCUACUUGCAGAGUUGUCUGAGGAACAAAAACAAAUUCUAUUUUGUAAAAUGAGAGAAGAGCAAGUGAGACGAUACAAAUUAGAACAGGAAAAAAAUGCUGUUGUAAAGCAGGGGAUACAAAGGAAAGCUAAAGUCAAGUUUUUACUUGGCAAAGACAAUAAACCAUGGACAUGGGUUAUGGGAGAACACCAGGAAGAUGAAACAAUUGAACAAAUUCUAGAAAAGGAACAGCUUGAGAAAGCAAGAAGACUGGCACAGCAAGAAGCAGAACAAAGGUUAGUACAUGUACAAGUUUCUUCAUUUUUGUUAUGUCAUUGUCCAGGUAUAUUGGGUUGG